AUGGCGGCGAGCACAUCUAAUGUCUGGACGCAGAUGAACUAUAUCCCUCCGCGCGGACAAUGCAACCACAAACCUUCGCUGCUCGCUGCUAGAUGCCCUUGCCUGCGUUUCAUGUUGCACCCGCUCAAGUCAUCGUCCUCGUAUGAAUGCGACGGAUGUGGCCACCACGCCUCGUUUCACAGCAUGGAGAACAAAGCAGAGGACGAGAUUCGCAAACGCUGGGAAACAGAGGAAAAGGAACGGGCCGAGCGGAGCGACGAGGCACGGCAACGACCGAAGAAGCGCAUGCGCGCCAUCGAAUACAACCGGGACGACGACGACACGGAGCUUAACCGGGCAAUCAGUGAGCUGAUGCAGGGAGCAAAACCAAAGCCCAAGGCCAGUGUUACCACUAGAAAGAAGCCUGCCAAGGUCGCCGGAGCGAGAGCUAAACAAAAGGCUAGCGAAAUUACAGACGAUGAUACGGUCGUGGAGCUGGAUUGAGUAUCGUACGGGGUGAUGGCACGGCGUUCUGGCUAUGAUUCUGACAUUGCGAUUUGAU